AUGGCAACCUCUGCAAGUCCUCUCGAGUCUAGCUACCUGGGUCGGUCCGACUAUCUUGACGCUCAUGUGCCUAUCGAUGAGGCCCAUGCCUCACAAUAUCAAAAGUCUCCAGACCCACGUACGACUUCUGCGAACCCCGAAACCACGCUUCAAAUUCUCGACACUGAAUCACUCGUCCCCCGGUCUAUGCGUCAAAGCUUGCUCUCCAGCUUCCUGAAGAGAUGCUGGCCAUGGAUGCCGUUGCUCUCACCAGACGCGAUUCGCGCGAUGUUCGAGUCAAAUGCACAGCCCAACUUCUUGAUGCUGUCAAUUUUGGCCGCUGGGAGCAAGGUUUCCCAAGCUCCGCGCGCCGCAGAGCUCGGCGCUCUCUGCUAUCAGCGUGCCAAGUCAGUCUUCUACUCGGGCGUCGAGAAUAACACUGUGCAUGUCAUUGUUGGCACAGUGUUUCUACAGUGGUGGAAUCAAACAGGUCCAGAACAUAUUUCGGUCGACAAUAGCAGCUUCUGGCUUCGAAUGGGGGUGGCCUUGGCCCACCAGAUCGGCCUUCACAGGCAGCCAGACUUCCGCCAUCCUCAGUAUCAGUUGCGGAGGAAAUUGUGGUGGGCACUCGUGUCUAGAGACAACCAGAUUGCCACCAGUCACGGUCGUCCGCGAGCUAUCAACCUGCAAGACUCCAGUGUGAGACCGCUGGACAAACGUGACUUCAACUCCUUCGAUGAAGACGCUCUCUUGUUUGUCAACUUCGUCCAAAUCACCCAAAUACUGGGAGACCUGACGCAACAUUGCUUGCGAGGCGACCUCACACAACAAAGGCGGAUAGAAACGGAGAAGACGCUUUUGUCAUGGCUACACAGUCUACCGAAAGUCUUCCACCUUUGCCACCGUGAGACGCACGCUCUGAACCCGUAUACCGUGCGGAGUCGACAACUGCAUGUUCCUUACUUUGUAAUCCUUAUUAUCCUCUUUCGACAAGGUGCGCCAGACCGCUGUCCAUCCGCCAUCUCAGUACUCGCGGCCAGUUUCAUAUCUGGUAUCUUUGAAGAGUACCUGGAUUGGGGAGACAUUGCAUUUGUGUCACCGCCCUCCAUCUUUUAUUUGCUUGUGGCCUCACUGCUUCAAGUGUCGUCUCACCGAUUCGCACCUCUGUCAUUUGCGGCGGAGAAGGAAACCAGAAUUACAGAUCAAGCUAUUGAGCACCUGAAGAAGCGGUUUCACACGGCUUUUGGCGCUGAGCGCGUCAUCCAGUCGACCCGACGAUUGGCAAAUCCCGAGACGGUAUCCAACCAAGCUAUCCAACUCCGCGUCGAAGCUGGUCAGGAAGACUUUUUCUCGGUGUUUGGGCCCGAUCUGUGCUCUCACUGGAAUGUCGUAUUGAAUCCUACGCCACUUACACGAAGCGCCGAUUCACCAGCGGUGAGCAUGCCUCCGGUGUCUUCGACGCACGCCGACAUCAGGAGCCAAAACAAUCUGCUCGGCGCGGACGCCACGUGGGGCAAUACUUUUCAGGAUCCUCAGCUGCCGAUGCAAGAUUUUUCGUACCUACCCGAUCAAACAGAUUGGACAUUGCAUGUACCUUACGCCAGUUCUAGUCAACUGGACCAAUCAAGUCAAUGGUGGUGGACGGAUCUUGUGCCAUGA